CGGACGUGACGUUCUCCCAAGCCUCGCGUUAGUAACGCACACUUCCGGUCCUGGGUUGAUAACUGCGUCUGAAGCAGCGGAGACCGGCGAGCCGAGUGUGAGGCGAUAUCUACGGGCAGAGGUUCCCAGACUCGUUCCGUGUAAGUCAUGGUUGACUAUUACCAAGUGUUGGGAGUCCACAGGAAUUCCUCUCCAGACGAUCUUAAGAAAUCGUACCGAAGAUUAGCCCUUAAGUGGCAUCCUGAUAAAAAUCCAGAUAAUAAAGAAGAAGCGGAGAGGAAAUUUAAGGAACUUGCUGAGGCUUAUGAAGUCUUAUCAGAUGCCAAGAAAAGAGAUAUCUAUGACAAAUUUGGAAAGGAAGGAUUAACAAGCGGAGGUGGCGGUGGAAGCCAUUAUGACAAUCCAUUUGAGUUUGGCUUUACAUUUAGAAGCCCAGAUGAUGUCUUCAGAGACUUCUUUGGAGGAAGAGACCCAUUUUCCUUUGACUUUUUUGAAGACCCUUUUGAAGACUUCUUUGGUAACAGAAGAGGCCCCAGGGGAAACCGUAGGCCUCAAGGUCCUUUCUUCUCAGCUUUUGGUGGUUUUCCUAGUUUUAGUCCAGUUGGUCCAGGCUUUUCACCAUUCGAUUCAGGUUUUACUUCAUCCUUUGGUCCCCUGGGGCAUGGUGGUUUUACUUCCUUCUCCUCUUCAUCUUUCGGGGGUUCUGGAAUGGGCAACUUCAAAUCUGUAUCUACUUCAACCAAAAUGAUAAAUGGCAGGAAAAUUACGACUAAGAGGAUCCUUGAAAAUGGUCAGGAGCGCGUUGAAGUUGAAGAAGACGGCCAGUUAAAGUCCUUAACAAUAAAUGGUGUGGCAGAUGAACUGGGCCUUGCAGAAGAAUGCAGACGUCGGGGACAGAAUGCUUUGCCAUCAAGUAGCAGCAGUAAGCCUUCCAGAUCUCACAGACCUCCUGGCCUUUCCCGGCAUGGUCCCAGCUACAUUAGCGAUGAGGAGGAAGAAGAUAGACUGCGAGGCUCAAAUCUCUUAGGGGAUUCUCACAUUUAUUCAGGACACAAAGAAGGAAGCAAGAGGAAGAGGCAGAAGCACAGAGAGGAGCAAAAGAAAAUCAAGUCUUCCAAACCGUACCACUGAGGUGGACCCACAAGAUCUACCUACUGUACACCGAAGAGCACCACCGUUCUAUGGCCGCAAUAUUAACACCCAUCUUGUUUUUGUAUAUAUUUUUAUUUGAAGCUUUGUUACAUUAUUAGACUUGUUACCUUAUUAGACUCAAAUAAAAAAGAAAAUUAGUAGAGAUCGCUCCUCUGGUGGCCCGUCUGUCUGCACCCUGUGGAUUAGUUUCCCUCUGCUGCAUGUCUUAUGUGCUCAGCAAAUGUAAAUCCACGCUGCUCCGCUCAGGGAUUCGUCUUCACAGGAUGCUGGAUAGAUUGCAGCGCCCAUGAGUUUAGUCAAUGCUUUUGUUUAUUUCCCAGAAUUUAAGGGGUUUAAAUUAUAUUGUGGUUGCACUAGAAAUUUUUUGUUUAAUUUUUUUUUGUGUAUAAAGCAGUCGGUACAUAACAUGCCUAGUAGCAAGGGGUUCAGUUUGGCAGUAGUACAGGUUUGCAAAUGCUUGUUAAAAUAAAUAAAAACUGUACCCUGUCUUGGAAAUAAAUGUGCCACACUGGUUCAUGGGGAA